UGAAGGGCCCUGCCUUGGAGAGGUUCCCCAACAUUAAAAAAAAAAGUACUGAUCAAAAAAGGCCCUGUUAAGUGUGUCAUGCUAUAUUUGUAAAGAUUCAAUUUUUUUUUUUUUAUAAGUAAGAAGAAGUUUUAUUAGAAACGAAUGUAUCGGCGAAACCCAUGUACAUAGGAAGUAUACAAAAGAAAACACCUAAGUACAUUCUAGGAAACAGAAAGUGACAUCAGAAAUCAUGAACAGAAGAUCCGUUAGUCACUAAAGCAGAAAACCAAAACAGCAAAUAGUGCACAAAGAAAUUCCAAAGUUGCUCCAAAGUACACUCCUUGUCGUUAAAACACCGCUCAUUCCUUUCCAUCCAAAUACAUCACAUGAGACACAAAGGGACCAUCUUCCAAUCCACAUCCACUUGAGUGCAACCAUGAAGCCCUUUCCAGCAUGCUAGAAGAUCUACCACUCUCAAAGGCAUCACCCAAGCCAAGCCAGUUCUACAAAAAAUACCAUCCCAUAAAGCCCUUGCCACCUCACAAUGCAAGAGUAGAUGAUCCAUGGUUUCCCCAUUCUUUUUACACAUGAUACACCAAUCCAUAAUAAUAACACCCCAUUUCCUCAAAUUAUCCAAUGUCAAGAUUUUUCCAAGAGAGGCAGUCCAAGUGAAGAAAGCAACUUUUGGAAGGCACGUGAGACCUCCAAAUACACUUCCAAGGAAAAAGGAGGACUAUUCUGAGAAGUCAACAGCUUAUAGUACGAAUGAACAGAUAACUUUUUACCCCCCUUAGACUUCCACAACAUCUUGUCCUCAUCAUUACCACCAAGCCUCAAAAAGUAUAAAAAACUGUAAAAGGGCUGAAACUUCGUCAAUUUCCCAAUCAUGCACAGCUCUAGUUAAACAAAUAUUCCACUGGAUUGAGCCAUUAGAACGACAAAGCAAAUCACAAACUGCAGCAUACUGAUCAGAUGCCAAUCGAACGUAGCAUGUCUCCGGAGGCUCACAGAGAAAGAGUAUACAAAAGAUUCAAUUUUGUCUCAAGGUGUGAUGGAGAUAUCACUGUUAAAAGUGUUUCUUAAUAACAUCUCCUCAUUUUUCCGUUUAUCAUCUUGUGACAAUUUAAACUCUGAGCCAGUUCUGAAGUAUUACCAAAAGGCUGAAGAGAUAUUGAAGUUGUUGAAGCCGGUACUUGAUGUGAUUGUUGAUUCUGAAAUAGCUUCUGAUGAAGUGCUCAUCAAGGCAUUCGAAGAACUAAGUCGAGCUGUUGAAGAAUCGAGAGAGCUUUUUGAGAACUGGCAAUCAUUAUCAAGCAAAGUUUAUUUUAUUCUGCAAAUUGAACCAUUGAUAUCAAAGAUUCGGACUUCUGGUCUCAACAUUUUCCAGCUUCUGAAGGCUUCACUUGAACAUCUCCCUGAUGAAUUGAGUUCAGCAUCUCUUGAGCACUGUAUUCAGAAAAUUAAGCACAAGGGAUAUGAACAAACAUCAUCUGUCAUUAAAGAAGCUAUAAGAGAUCAAGCGGAGGGUGUUGGACCUAGCUCAGAGAUCCUGGUGAAAAUUGCUGAGAGCCUGAGCUUGAGGUCAAACCAGGAGAUUCUCAUUGAGGCUGUAGCGCUUGAAAAAUUGAAGGAAAAUGCUGAACAAGCCGAAAAGACAGGGGAAGUUGAAUAUAUUGUUCAGAUUAUCAGUGUUGUUACUCGCAUGCAUGAUCGCCUUAUUAUGAUAAAGCAAUCCCAGAGCUGUAGCCCGGUGCAGAUACCUGCCGAUUUCUGCUGUCCUCUCUCCCUUGAGCUGAUGACCGAUCCUGUCAUUGUGUCUUCAGGGCAAACCUAUGAGCGGGCUUUCAUAAAAAAAUGGAUUGAUCUUGGUCUCACAGUCUGUCCUAAGACGCGGCAGACUCUUGCUCACGCCAAUCUAAUACCUAAUUACACUGUAAAGGCACUAAUUGCAAACUGGUGCGAGUCAAACAAUGUGAAGCUGCCUGAUCCCCUGAAAUCUAUGAGCUUAAACUCACCAUUGUCCCUUCUUGGGAACACACAGUCUGGUGCAACCAGGGAGUCACCCGUCUUUCCUCAUUCCAGGGGCAACCAACCAAUAUCACUUGAGUCAAGUCCAUCUAUGGAUUCUCCCAGUAAAAACUUGAUCUCGUCUGGUGGAGGCCAUCAAGAGGGAAAUUCUCCUUUGCAUCCUCGAUCUUCAUCAGAGGGUUCCUUCACUGGUGUAGUCGGGAAUGGGCAGGAUAUGGAAAUUGCAAGAAUAUCACUUACAAGUUCUGAAGACAGGUCUGCUAACUCAGACGAAAGGACUAUGGAUUCAGUUUGCCAACCCACUACUUCGUUAUCUGGAGAACAAUUUUCUAAUUCUAUUGGGACUGAGCAGUCAUCUCAGAGCCAUAAUAGAACUGCCUCUGCCUCCAGCGUGCUUUCUGGUGCAAAUUUUUCUCAAAGAACAUCAGGAGAUGUGGAUGAGGCUUCACAUAUAUCUGCCAAUCUCACUGGCUAUAGCAGUGAUGCAUCAGGAGAGAUGAAACCAGAGCCACAAGCUGCCACCUUGACCUUAACACAUAGAGAACCUGAGUUCCCUUCUAGAUUGGAGACCAGGUCUCGAAGCCAAACAAUCUGGCGUCGACCAUCAGAGAGGUUUGGUCCAAGAUUGGUAUCCUCUCCUGUUUCUGAAACAAGACCUGAUCUUUCUGGCAUUGAAACCCAAGUGCGGAAGCUGGUUGAUGACUUGAAGAGCACUUCGCUUGAUACUCAAAGAGACGCAACUGCUGGGCUCCGGUUACUUGCCAAGCACAACAUGGAUAAUCGGAUUGUAAUUGCUAGCUGUGGGGCCAUUAGUAUGUUGGUCGACUUGCUGUGCUCAACAGACACCAAGAUUCAGGAAAAUGCAGUUACAGCACUUCUUAACUUAUCAAUCAAUGAUAACAACAAAACUGCGAUUGCUAAUGCUAAUGCAAUUGAGCCUCUGAUUUAUGUUCUUGAGACAGGGAGUCCUGAGGCACGGGAGAACUCAGCUGCCACUCUAUUUAGCCUGUCAGUGAUUGAGGAUAACAAGGUCAGGAUUGGACGGUCUGGCGCGAUCGCUCCUCUGGUUGAUUUAUUAGGGAACGGAACUCCUAGAGGGAAGAAAGAUGCAGCGACAGCUUUGUUUAAUUUGUCAAUAUUUCAUGAAAACAAGGCCCGAAUUGUGCAAGCUGGUGCUGUAAAGUACCUUGUGGAGUUGAUGGAUCCAGCGGCUGGAAUGGUUGACAAGGCAGUAGCUGUUUUGGCAAAUCUUGCGACAAUUCCUGAGGGACGAAUUGCGAUUGGUCAGGAGGGCGGGAUCCCUGUCCUGGUAGAGGUUGUUGAGUUGGGUUCUGCUAGAGGGAAGGAGAAUGCAGCUGCUGCUCUUUUACAUCUUUGUACAACUAGUAGUAGAUUUCACAGUAUGGUGCUCCAAGAAGGAGCUGUCCCGCCACUGGUGGCAUUGUCACAGUCAGGCACCCCUAGGGCCAAAGAAAAGGCACAAGCGCUUCUUAGCCACUUUAGAAACCACAGACAGGGUAAUGCCGGGAGGGGCUGAUUUUGGAAGCACAGCCUUUGGUUUUGUGCCAAGGUUUUUAAGUCAAGUUGUAAGGAUAGUGUGUAAAUCUGACGAUGCAAAUAAUGCAUAUGAAGGUGUUGUUGCUUGGAUUUUACUUGAUUGUAGAGGGAAAGAAACAAAAAAAAAAAAAAAGGAUUUAUGAAGGAUUUGAUUGAGUCCUCUUGUGAAGUACAUCAACUUGUGAAUGUGGGAAGAAAAUUUCGUACAUGCGAGAGUCUAUUUGCAGUGACGAUUAAUGAGCAAUGACAUACAACCUAUCGGUUUUAUUUAA